UCCCUGGAUUUACGGAGUAGGGGUUUCAGCUCAUACAGAAUAUCCACGGAACCGAGGCUGCAUUUUCUGUCCCGCGUCGCGCAGCAGGAUACCCAGCUUGCCGCAGGAUUCCAUUCAGCCCAUCUUGGGCCGUCGGCCUUGCCAACUGAGUGGGCCCUACGUCUAUUACGAGCGGUUGGAACAGAAGACCGCUUCCCCUGACAUUCUGACAAAGAUCUGAUGAACCUAAAGCUCCUGCAGCUCGGGUCUCGCGCCUAGAGCCACUUUCCGUCGUCCUCCUACGGUUCCCGGUCCUUGGUCGUGUCGCUCGCGAUUUAGCUUUGGCUACUCCGUACCAACCAUCCCCGAAUGUCCUCGACGACCUAGACGGCCUCGACCGAAUCAGCCGCGACCGUCCUCGUCUGCGCAUUAUUUGGGGCGGGCAAUGGCGUCCAAAGCAAUAGCGCUGGUUGGCGCACUGCUGCUUGCAGCUGCCGGCGUGAAUGGACAAUCGGGCAAACUAGAUGUCGACUUGGAUUCUCCUGACUCGAUCAAGGCGGCCGCAAAAAUCGUCGCGAAGAACCUGUACAAUUACUACCCCGGAGACCAACCCGGCAGGACUCCGGGCAUCCUUCCGGGGCCGCCACCGGGUGGCCCCUACUACUGGUGGCAGGCCGGGGCCAUGUGGGGGACCUUUAUCGACUACUGGUUCUACACGGGCGAUGACACCUACAACGCCGAGGCGACGCGCUCCAUUCUCUUCCAGGCCGAUCCCCCGGUCAACGCCUUCAUGCCUCGCAACUGGACGGCCUCGCUGGGCAAUGACGACCAGGCCUUUUGGGGCAUGGCCGCCAUGCUCGCCGCCGAGGUGAACUUUCCCAACCCGCCCGAGGACCAGCCGCAGUGGCUCGCCCUCGCCCAGGCCGUCUUCAACACCCAGUUCCCCCGCUGGGAGGUGCAGGACUGCAACGGCGGCCUGCGGUGGCAGGUCGUGAGCACCAAUGGCGGCUACGACUACAAAAACACCAUUGCAAACGCCUGCUUCGUCAACCUUGCCGCCCGCUUGGGCCGCUACACCAACAACGCGACCUAUGGCCAAUGGGUCGACAAAGCCUGGGAUUGGAUGUGGGGCGUUGGCUACAUCACCGAAGACUACAACGUCCUGGACGGCGGCCGCAUCCCGUUCAACUGCACUGACCUUAACCCGGUUCAAUUCUCGGCCAACGCCGCCAUCCUCAUCCACACCACCGCCAUCAUGUACAACUGGACGGAAGGCGCUGUCCGCGACAUAUGGCGCGAGCGCACCACCAAGCUCGUCAACCGCACCAUCGAGCACUUCUUCCCCGACGGCAUCAUGGUAGAGCGGCCGUGCGAGCUCGAGGACCGCGUGCAGUGCAACACGGACCAGCACUCCUUUAAGGGGUACAUGCACCGUGCGCUGGCGACCGCCGCCGUGGUAGCGCCAUUCACGCGCGACAUCAUCCUCAAGACGUUGCGCUCGUCCACCGAGGGCUGCGUGAGCUCCUGCCUCGAGGACGGCACCUGCGGCUUCCGCUGGACCACGGGCGAGUACGACGGCGAUGUCGCGCACGGCCCCGCCGGCCAGCAGAUGAGCGCGCUCGCGGCCCUGUCGACGCUGCUGAUUGACCAGGAGAAGGUCCAAAAUGGCCCGCUGACGAAUACUACGGGCGGGACCAGUCGCGGGGAUCCGAAUGCCGGCGAGCGGUUUUCGGGGUUGGCGCCGCCGAAGGAGAUCACGGCGGGGGAUCGGGCGGGGGCCGCGAUUGUGACGGUUGCGGUGCUGGCGUCGUUUUUGGGGAGUGUUUUGUGGAUGGGUAUGGGGUGGUCUGAGUCCUAGGGGACGGCUCUGGGUUUGAUGAGGCGUGGUCGUUCAGCAUUCUCAUGCCAUUGUUUGGUGAUCUCUCUUGUCUUGUUAGCGAGCGAUGGAGCUGUCUGCUGAUAUUUAGACAGACAGAGGAGAAGAGAAGCGUUGUAGAGCAGAGCACAGCCGGGGGGUGGUUCACUUACGGGUUUGCUUUCGCCGGCGCUUUGGGAAUUUCGUACUUUCUACGGGCACGGAUUAAGUGCCAUCGUUUGGGACCGGGAUAUUGUGGUUUCGGAUUUUCCUGCGGAUUCAAAUUCAAUCUUCUGGUUGGCCGCUCUAGGACAUU